AUGAUCGAUCAAGUCACAGUUCCAGACAGGAGGUCUGUCUUCUGGGGCAAAACUGCUUUCUCAGGGCGUGCAGACCCUCCCCAUGCACACGAUGGGGCAUCUGACCCUGGGGAUGGGCGGGCCGGGGGUGACGCCGCGUCGAAGCUCCAGUGUUCAAUGCAGCACCCCUUUGUUCUGGGGGACCCCACAGGGCCCUUGACUCUGACCACUGACCCCCGCCACGGGGCUGGCUCUCAGGAGGAGGAGGCUGAGUGGGAGGGGUCACCCUGCCCUUCUCACGUUGGGCAGAGUGGGCAGAGGGGCUGCGGCUGUGCCUCUGGGCCACGGCGCCCCCUGCAGCCCUCGUGUGUCAGACAGGCCCCAGCUCGGGAGGGCGGGCCUCAGGGCUCACCAGCUCACUCUCGGAGACCCUGA